AUGCCCGAUAGACGGAUCACUCUACGCCCCGAACGGACGCCGGGGGCGCCCAUCGACAUACCCACCUUUCAAAACGGUGCUUUCUCAGAGGACGAUUUCUACUCUGUUUGGGAGCGCAACAAACUCGUGGUCGUUAGGGGCAUCGAUCGGACUCUCCAAGGCGCCUGGACUCCCGCGUUUCUUAUGAAGAGGUUCGGCCGGGAAAGGGUCAAACCCAUCUAUUGCGGCACUGACAUUGAAGCCGAGGGCGAAUACACGCUUGCCGACUUCUUAAGUGCAUUUGAAGGCGGCGACUCAUGUGAUGCACUCAAGCUGAAGGACUGGCCACCUCAAGAUUUGUUUCGCCAGAAGUUCCCAGACUAUCAUGAUAGUUUUAUAGAAGCGAUCCCGGUUCCUACAAGAGACGUUGCGGCUUUGAACGGGGUGAAAAAUCUCGCCGCUCACUUUGAUCGGAGCGGCUGCCCUCCUGAUCUCGGUCCCAAAAUGUACGUUGCAUACGGUAAUCCCCACAGCUCUCAUGGGACCACCAAACUCCAUCUCGACUUCACUGAUGCCGUCAACCUCAUGACGUUCUGCCCCGAUCCGAGUCAAGUCGGGGCUGUAUGGCAUGCUUCACCUCCGGAGAGCCAGCCGCAUAUCCGGCACCAUCUACGGACCAUGUAUCCGACGGAAUAUGAGAGGACAGACCCCAUCCACUCACAGGAAUCUUACAUCACAGAUCAGGUUUGGGAGGAUCUAAGAUUGCAGUACGGUGUUCAAUAUGUACGGAUUGAACAGUUUGUUGGCGACGCGAUUUUCAUUCCGGCAGGAUGGCCCCACCAGGAAGGUUCUUCCCGCAUUCAUGGCCUCUCAAUACUGAUCAAUGCGGUCAAAAUCGCCUGUGACUUCGUCUCACUGCACAACCUCGAUGUAACAGCUGGCAUGGUUCCUCAACAGCGAGCCCAUCGCCUGAACAGCGGCGGCCACGGCGAAGACUUACUGCAGCUAGACACCCUCGUAUGGCAUGCAUGGCGAUCUCUGUCCACGUUUCCUGCGUCUGCGAUGCUAACAGAGGCUCAAUUCAUCGGCGGCGGUAUGUAA